UGCUCUCUCGGCCCCGACUCGUUACGGUUCAGUUAGAAGGACAGCGCCUCCGGGAGGGAAGCAGUGGGAGGGAGCAGUUCGGCCGCGUUGUUUAAAACACCGAAUUUAUUUACGACCUCCAGCCGGCGGACAACGCUGAAAGUGGUCCCAGUGUUAUCUGUUGUUGUUGUGGCUGUUGUUGUAUUUAAUGUAGUGUUACGUGGUGCAGUGUAAGGUUUCACUCCGGCCAGCGUCAUAGGGGCCACCUGCGUUGCGAGCGAGUGCCGAGAUGCAAAGCCGAGCAGGAUGGCGGUGCUGAACGUGUCGAGUCGUCUCCGCGGGACGUGCAAGUGUUGUUAGCGAGCGCCUAUUAACGUCGUCACGGUAUAUGCAUAGGGGGUGGUGUUGUCAGCACCACAUCCAGCCACACACACACAGACACUACCGCGUUUACCCUAGAAUCACACACACAGACACUACCGCGUUUACCCUAGAAUCACACACACACAGACACUACCGCGUUUACCCUAGAAUCACACACACACAGACACUAGCGCGUUUACCCUAGAAUCACACCCACACACAGACACUACCGCGUUUACCCUAGAAUCACACACACACAGACACUACCGCGUUAACCCUAGAAUCACACCCACACACAGACACUACCGCGUUUACCCUAGAAUCACACACACACAGACACUAGCGCGUUUACCCUAGAAUCACACCCACACACAGACACUACCGCGUUUACCCUAGAAUCACACACACACAGACACUACCGCGUUAACCCUAGAAUCACACCCACACACAGACACUACCGCGUUUACCCUAGAAUCACACACACACAGACACUACCGCGUUUACCCUAGAAUCACACCCACACACAGACACUACCGCGUUUACCCUAGAAUCACACACACACAGACACUACCGCGUUUACCCUAGAAUCACACCCACACACAGACACUACCGCGUUUACCCUAGAAUCACACCCACACACAGACACUACCGCGUUUACCCUAGAAUCACACCCACACACAGACACUACCGCGUUUACCCUAGAAUCACACACACACACACACGUACAAAUCUGCAGUUUAGCAAAAGAUCGCACGUUUAGCCGUGCACGCGCUUCUAGACAAGAAUCAUCGUGAACACAGCAGCAUCGAGUGAGCGCUAUUGUAACGCCAGGCUGUUGGCAAAGGUCACUCGAUCAGCUUUUGAGAGACACGCAACUACACAACCGUGGAAGUCGCAAUUUAGCUUUGGACACAAAGACACACACGGCUACGCACACCAACACAGAUAACUGAUUAGGCAUAUAUACAUGCAGUACAUACUACACAGAAAUGCACUUUUUAUAUUUGUAUACAAACACCGAUUCGCACACAGAUAAUCACGUUAGCUAUAUGGACAUUAGCUUGCAAACAGAUAUGAUUUAAUGUGGUAGAUACACGGACAAGAUCACGCGUUUAGCCCAAUUUACACAAAUACAUUACUUCCAUUUAACUUCAAACACACUUCAACACACGAGACAAACAUCACCUAUUUAGCCACACACACAUCACCCAUUUAACCCAACAGACACAUUCAUAUUAAGCCCAUGAGACAUAGAGACACAUAGAUCUAGCCCAAUAGACACACACAAAUACAAACAAGCACUCAUGUAGCCCAAUAGAUACCCACAAACAAAUACAUGCAUUCUCCAUAUAGACAUAUAGACACACACAUAGGGUAUCAAACUCAGAUAAAGUUCACUCGUACAGCUCAAUAGACAUUCACACACGCCUAGAAUUCCCCACACACAUAGAGCUCCACACACACAUAAUAGUCUCAAACUUUCGCGCAGAAAAAGUUCAUUUAUACAGUCCAACAGUUCACUCAUACAGCUGAAUAGACACACACACGCACACGCGCGCAUAGAGCUCCCCCCACACACAACACACACACACACCGACCGGCAGGACCAUGUUCACGGCGCGUCCCGCCAACCCCACCGUCCCUGCCGGCCGCGGGGCCGCGAUGGCCAUCGAAGACCUCUACCGCAUCAAAGCGCCGGUGAAGAAGCACAAAUCGGCAGCGACGACCUCGGGCGUGGGUCGCGGGGUGCCCGGGGCUCCCUCCUCGUCCGCGAUGGGCUCCGGCGGCAGGAGCCACUCGGGCGACGAGGCGCGGAGCCGGGCGGCCAGGGACGCGCGCGCCCUCGCCAAGAUGCGCGACGUCGAGCGCUUCCUCAACGUGCACGGAAUCUCGCUCGCAGACAGCGCGGCGGCGCGCACGGGCAUGCGCUACAGAAACCUGGGGCGAUCGGGUCUCCGUGUGUCCUGCCUCGGACUGGGAACGUGGGUGACAUUUGGAGGGCAGAUCAGUGAAGAGGUGGCGGAGCAGCUCAUGACGGCGGCGUACGACCAUGGCGUGAACCUGUUCGACACCGCAGAGGUGUACGCUGCGGGGAAGGCAGAGGUGAUCAUGGGGAAUAUCAUCAAGAAAAAGGGCUGGAAGCGAUCAAGUCUGGUGAUCACGACCAAAAUCUACUGGGGAGGGAGAGCGGAGACGGAGCGAGGCCUCUCGCGGAAGCACAUCAUCGAAGGGCUGGCCGGCUCGCUGCAGCGGCUGCAGCUGGACUACGUGGACGUGGUGUUCGCGAACCGGCCCGAUCCCAACACGCCCAUGGAGGAGGUGGUGCGUGCCAUGAGCCACGUGAUCGCGCAGGGCCGUGCCAUGUACUGGGGCACGUCGCGCUGGAGCAGCGCCGAGAUCAUGGAGGCCUACUCGGUGGCGCGUCAGUUCAACCUGGUGCCACCGGUGUGUGAGCAGGCCGAGUACCACCUCUUCCAGCGCGACAAAGUGGAGAUGCAGCUGCCAGAGCUCUACCACAAGAUCGGCGUGGGUGCCAUGACAUGGUCCCCGUUGGCGUGUGGGCUCCUGACUGGGAAGUACGAAGACGGGAUCCCAACCUCCUGCCGAGCAGGACUGAAGGGCUACCAGUGGCUGAAGGAGCGCGUGCACAGCGAGGAGGGCCGUCGGCAGCAGGGCCAGCUCAAGGAGCUCCACAGCCUCACCGAGCAGCUCGAGUGCACGCUGCCGCAGCUCGCCAUCGCCUGGUGCCUGAGGAGCGACGGGGUUAGCUCCGUGCUGCUGGGAGCCUCCAAGGUGGAGCAGCUGCUUGAGAACCUGGGGGCCGUGCAGGUGCUGCCCAAGUUGAACCCCCUCAUUGUCGCCGAAAUCGACAACAUUCUGGGAAACAAGCCGCAGAGCAAGCGCGAGAGCCGCACAUAAGUCCGUGAACAGGAGUGGCGUUCACCCCCGCCCGCUCCCUGCUGUAAUGAAGACUUGGGAUCGACAUGGACCCUUAGUUUCCUCGUGCGAAACAAUGUCCCGUAACGGGGACGAAGCAGCUAUGCAGGGAAUGGACUGUUACACGUGUCUCCAUUUUUUUUUACAAAUAAUUUUUAAAUUUGUGAUUUGGGUCAUGUCGCUGGUAUACAAUAAUGGACGACAAUGAGGGAGGCCUUUACCCAGUAGUGGGACGUUACACACCGACAACAAUAGCGGCUGGUACAGCAACGCCUGCUUUUGUGAAUCAUAUCACAUUGUCCUUCUCUGUGAACACACACACAGUGCUGUAUAGACAUGUAUGCAAGAUAUAGAAAGUUGUGCACCUAUGCAGUUACUGCAUACACAGUGUACUUUUUCAUAUACACGUAAAGCAGUAAAAAUGUGCCACAAUUGUUGUAUAUUUAAAAAAGAGCCACAUUUUUCAUAUACAAUAAUAUUGUGUGAACACAUCUCCACGACGGACGGUCAUAAUGAUAGUACUCACAUAUACACCAGGUUGACUAUUAUUGACUGAUAUCAUACCCUGGUCACACAGUAUGAAGUAUACAUGCUACAUGUCACAACGGCGUCCCCCCCCCCAAGAGGGGUUGUGUUAGGGGAAGGCUGUCAGCAUGGAUGAACUGUGUUGCCAUUGUUACAGGUGUGCUGAUCCUUACCUAGCUUUCUGGCAGCAAGACACCACACUCACUAUGCAAUGGAAGCUGUUAUUCGGAUGCAGGGGUUGGAGGAUGCAGAGAACAGAGAGUUCCAGGGCGAUUUUAUAUUGAACGAUUUGUGAGCUUAGAGCGCGUCGUAACAGGCGCUAACGGUUUGAUGAGGUGCCUAGGCAGGACUCUCUCCCUGUUGAACGAACACCAAGAUAUAUACACAGCGCAAUAUGAGAGCAUGUAAUUUGUGAUAUCUUUUCCCAUUUAUCAUCAUCAUCAUUCUUUGCUAAAGAGGCUUUGGGUAAUCACUGAAAACCAAAUUUGUAAUACUAUUUAAGUUAGUGUAUCUUUACGUAACUUUUCCUGAAGCAUCUGCAUGGGUUCGGAUGUAAUUGUCAAGUGAUCAACCACGUGGCUUUUUCUGGGUACUCCCAGUUAAUAAAAAAACCCCCCACUGAAUUGGCCUGCUUGUAGCAGGCCCCCUCACCAAUAGCUUAAAAAGGGAGAAAGUUGAAACAUCCCAUUGCAGGACCCUCUUUAACAAGAGUCGAGGUAACUCAUUGGAUUAUUUGGUUUCAAGGACAUUAUUUCCCCAUCACUGAAAAGGCAUUUCUAUUCUUAUGUAUUCAUGACAUUACCAUCAGUGAUAAGGUUAAUCCCUCUGAAAGCACAUUCAAUUCAGGAAUUACAGCACCACGUGCUCUGUGCUUCCAACCGUGUUUAUGCAAGCAGUGACAAUGAAGGCAUUUGUUUUAACUGUUAAAGGUCGUUUGUUAUUUUGCUCGGACACGGUUACUGGUUUCAUGAGUAAGUUAGUGCACAUACACUGUAAGCGUAACAUACAUAGCACUUGUGUGUGAGAUUAAAUGCAGUUGUAGCCUGCCCAUCAUAUACAUUAUCCCACUUUAAAGAGUUGUAUACAAUUCUUACGUUAUAUCGGAAGGGGCAAGGGCCAGAAUGGGCUCAGUCUUCCAAUAAGUAAACCCUUGCUCUAUUGAUGCUCUCUUUUUUUAAACAACUUUCCAGAAUUAUUGCAUCUUUGAGAGAUUGUCCUGUAGUUGCGAUUCGUAAAUAUUGUAUGAGCUUUCAAGCAAUUAUGAGAGAGGCCAUUUUAUUGACACGGCGAAGUGAGGACUCGUCAAUGCUGUUAAAAUCCGCAUUCCAUGCAGAAAUACACUUGCAGCCACACAUACAUUCACAGCCUUUCAAGCACCACUGAUAUCCCGAAUAUUAUACGGCGCAUUAAACCUCCACGUUUUGAUAUAACCUGAUGAGCACAUUAUUAAGAUAUUGUACAAUAAUACGAUUAAUUUGGGAUGUUUACAUGAUAGAGUUGGCUGUGGGAUUGUGGGCUAAAUAAUCGUCGUAUAGAUGUAUGGCUAUGAAUAGGAAUGAACCCUUACAAUGUGCCUGUGGUUAUCCGACCCAUGCAAAUGAAUAAAUAUACGGCAAUAAGGCCUUGUAGCAUGUGCACAAUACACCGUACACUUAUAUUGCAUACCGUAUAUGGUUUCCAUAAUGCAGUGUAUAUAAUAAAUUCCUGCUGUGGCAUGAUACAUGUUGGGUUAAUGUUAUUUAACAAUUUAAAUCUACUUAUGCAUUUUGAGUAAGCAUGAUCAUUUAAUAUCGCAUUACCUCUGUUAUUUACCAUGAAAGAUGAUACAUUGCUCAGAUUUUUCACAAAGAAUGUGUAAUAUGCUUAAACACAUUAUCCAGACAUAAUAUUAUGGAUACAAUAAAGAAAGCGACGUAAUUAUGUAUAUGCAAUUACCCUUUGCUUUAUAAUAGCCGUGUAAACAUGCAGAGUGAUGGUAAUAGCUAGGUAUGUAUUAUGCUCUGUUUUGUAUACAGGAUGUAUAUAAAAGACUGUAAAUGUGUUUGAAUUACAGUAUGCAGUAUGUCAACAGUAUAUAUUAUUAAAGAA